AUGGCUACUGGAAAUGGUAAUGGUGCUGGAAAAGCAGACGCGGAAGAUAACUCUAUUGAACAUUACAUAAAUGAAGUCAACAAAGACCCAAACUAUAAGGUUCUUACAAAAGAGGAAUACGAUGUAUUAGUAAAUGCAAGUCUUAAACAAGAGCAAAAGACAAGUACUCCUUUCAAAAGUCCAGGUUGGAUUCCAUUUUCUCCCAUGACAAAAUUACUCAAUACAAUGAGUGAUUCGAAGAACCCUGGUAAUGUCUCCAUGUUACAAGGUAAUCGAUAUCCCACCCCUAAAUUACCAACAUUUAGUGGAACAGAUGAACCACAAAAAGGGGAAGUUAGGUAUGAAGUUUGGAAUUUUGAAGUAAGAUGCUUACUAAAUUCAAAUCAGUACCCAGAACAUAUUCUACUUCAAGCUAUAAGAAAUUCUUUGAAAGGUUUAGCUAGAAGUAUGUUAGUGUCAGUGGGGGAUAAAGCUUCUAUUCAAGACAUUUUGAAAAAAUUAGAUGGAUUUUUUGGCAAUGUAGCCUCAGGUGAAACGCUUAUGCAGUCAUUCUACAAUGAUUGCCAAAAAGAGGGGGAAUCCAUUAUUGUAUUUGCUUCUAGAUUAGAAGACACAUUAUCAAAAGCGAUCAAAUUUGGUCAUAUUGGUAAUGAAGCAAAAGAUGGGAUGCUAAGAAGUAAAUUUUGGACCGGUUUAGGUAGUCAACAAUUAAAACAAAGCACAAGACAUCUGUUUGACUCUAUUAAAAAUUUUGAAUCUUUACUUAGGGAAAUUAGGAAAGUGCAAGAGGAGAUAACAUCACAAAGGAGUACGGGAACAACAAGGUCAGCAAGGCAGGCAUUUCAACAGGCAGAGAGAGCAGAGACUACUACAUCAUCAACAGAUCUACAGAAAGAAAUACAGACAAUGGUAAGGACAAUGGAAAGGUUAGAACAGAAAAUUGACAGUAAUGCAAAAACUUUCCAACAAUUGAACAAGAGAGUUUAUGAAUUAGAAAAUAAUACAUACGGACAACAAAGUUUUUAUUCAAAUAGAGGUUCAUCUACAAGGGGUAGAUUCAACUACUCAAACAGAGGUUUUGGUCGAGGUCGUGGUCAAAAUCAAGGUCAAAAUCAGGGUCAGAGCCAAGGUCAAAGACAGGGUCAAAGUCAAAACAAACCAUCCCAAGGUGGACAGAAUUCAAAAAACUAA